AACUAUUCCAUUUUUUUUUCUCUAUCCAUUCUUCAAAAGAUUCUUCCUAGAGCCUCACUUCUUCCCCAUCCCUUAUCCCUUAUCCUGAUUCUGUUUCAAUGGCAGACAACAAAGUUUCAUCUUCUGGUGGCUCCAAUCAGAGAUGGAUAGGCAAGAAGAACAAACUGUUUGAAGAUGCCUUGGCUAUAUAUGACAAGGAAACUCCUGAUCGUUGGCGCAACAUAGCCUUACAUGUUGGUGUAUCCACUGAAGUUGAAGUCAAGAUGCAGUAUGAGAUCCUUUUGGAGGACAUCAAACAAAUUGAGUCAGGCAAGGUUCCUCUUCCUCUUUAUAACAGACAUGCCGGAUGCAGCAGACCAAGCAUCACCAGUGCAGAGCAGAGAUGAUUAAAAGGGUAGAGAGCUUUCUGUCCGGAAUCGGAGAAUAAAGUGGAGACAUUGUACUUCCUUCUCAACGUUCAGUGUUCCUAUAGGGCCACCAAACUCCUCUGGCUCUUCUACGUGAGCUCAACUCCUAAAUAUAUGCAAUAUAACCCAGCCGGCACAACAGAGAGACUUCCCAUAUACGAUAUUCAGUAGUAACUAUCUUAAGUGAAUUGUAUUGCUUAAGCAAGUCCUGUGUUCAUCCAUGAAAACAAAAAGAAGAAGAAAAUUUUUUUCCGCAACAUUCAAAGCUUAAAUUCAAAGCAACAGUAGAAGAGUAAAUGUUAAAGAAGC